UCUAACCUGCUGACGCUACCCACGUGCCUCACGAAAUGUCACUGCGCAGGCGUAUUUUCUACUGUCUGGGUCCAAUGUUUGGCAGGCACGUGAGUGGCGCGACGUCAUCAUAAACAUUCGUAGGAAAGAUGGCGGCACCUGGCCAAGGAAAGGUUGUUUAUGAUCAGGAAGGGGUGUUCAUACAUUCAUCUUGUGGAAAGAUCGAGGGGCAAGACACUUUAAUCCCUGGAAUUUUAUGUGUAAUAGAAAAGGAUGAGGAAGUUGUAGUAGACUGGCGACCACUAGAAGAAACACUGGAUUCCUCUAAUAUCCUUUGUGCUGUAAAGGAUUCAAGCUCGGUUGUAGAGUGGACUCCAACUACAAAGGAGAGGGGAAUGCAUUUAACGGAUCACCAGAACAGUUAUGAAGCAGAGUGGGAUAUGGUCAACACAGUGUCUUUUAAGAAAAAGCAAUUUACAAAUGGAGGUGUUCAGAGUCCCCUAAAUAGCCAGAGCAAAUGGUCAUUCCUCUUCAACUUGGCAGACUUGAAGUCAAUUAAACAGAACAAAGAAGGCAUGGGGUGGUCUUAUUUUGUUUUCUGCUUGAAGGAUGAUGUUGUCCUUCCAGCUCUUCAUUUCCAUCAAGGAGGAAGCGAACUUCUGCUUGAGUGCCUAGCGAAGCAUGUCAUCUUUUGUGAAUCUGAGCAGGAUGGCAGAAUUCUUUUGGUCAAUUGCCAGAACAAAAGCCUUUCUCAGUCUUUUGAAAACCUUCUGGAAGAGUCAACAUAUAAUUUAUAUCAAAAAUUAAAGAAAGACCCAUAUACUGCAACCAUGGCUAGCUUUUCCAAAGUUACAAACUACUUGUAUGACACCAUACGAGGUUCUGAUCCUGUUACUCAACAAAGGCCACAUCAGGAAAUGGCAGAGUUUUUGGGUGAUGCAAUCCAAGAUCUAAAAAUAAACCAACAGGAAGAAUCUGGAUUUGAAGUAAUAACUCGUAUUGAUGUUGGAACACGCCCAGAAGUUCAUCGAACAAAUCCUUUGUCAACAGCUGAAUGGGAAGCCCAUGUAGACCAUGAAGGAAGAAUUUGUAAUGUGGAUCACAUUAAGAACAUGAUUUUUAAAGGGGGUCUUUGUCAUGCCUUAAGGAAAGAGGUUUGGAAAUUUCUUCUGGGUUACUUUCCAUGGGACAGUACAAGAGAGGAACGAGCUCAAUUGCAUAAAAGAAAAACAGACGAGUAUUUUCGAAUGAAACUUCAGUGGAAGUCAGUCAGUGAAGAACAAGAGAAGCGAAAUUCCAAACUCCGAGAUUAUAGAAGUUUAAUAGAAAAAGAUGUCAACCGCACAGAUAGAACAAACAAGUUUUACGAGGGUCCGGAUAAUCCAGGAUUAAAUUUACUUCAUGACAUUUUAAUGACAUAUUGUAUGUAUGAUUUUGAUCUUGGAUAUGUGCAAGGCAUGAGUGACUUGCUUUCUCCUGUUCUCUAUGUUAUGGAGAAUGAAGUAGAUGCCUUUUGGUGCUUUGUAUCAUACAUGGAUCAAAUGCAUCAGAAUUUUGAGGAGCAGAUGCAAGGAAUGAAGCUGCAGCUAGUUAAUUUGAGUACUUUGCUGCGGUUACUGGACAGUGGUUUCUGCAGUUACCUUGAAUCUCAGGACUCUGGAUACUUGUAUUUCUGUUUCCGGUGGCUUCUUAUCAGAUUUAAAAGGGAAUUUAAUUUUCAAGAUACUCUACGAUUGUGGGAGGUUAUAUGGACAGAUUUGCCUUGUCAGAAUUUUCAUCUGCUUAUUUGCUGUGCUAUCCUGGAAUCAGAAAAACAAAUAAUAAUGGAGCAACAUUUUGGAUUUAAUGAAAUUCUUAAGCACAUCAAUGAACUUUCCAUGAAGCUGGAUGUUAAUGAUGUUCUGAGUAAAGCUGAAGCAAUUUCUUUGCAGAUGAUGAAGUGCAAGGAUUUACCACUGAAUGUUUGUGAUGUUAUUGGCUUAAAAAACAAUGGUGUUGCAGGACCAUAUGAAACAACAAAUGAAGAAAGCCGUGCCAAAAAACAUAAAAAUGCAACACCUCAGUAUGUCCCAGUGCCUGUAAUUGCUGCUAAUGGAACACAAAGUGCUGCAACCCAUGAAACUUUGCCAAACAGUUUUCACACACCAACUUCUGCCUAAUAACACUAGGAACUGUCAAUCGAGGGAAUUUUCUGAAGAAAACUCACAUGAACAGGUUUUGGAGCAUUCCGAACAUUUUUAUCAAGCAGCAACUUUUCAUGAAAGCUUUUCAAAAAGAAAGAUAUGAACAAAUUAUUUUUCUAGAGGACACAACCCACCUCGGUUCUUACUCUGUCAUUCCUUUAAGCCUUUCAGUGAUAAAGCAAGUUUACAUUGUAAACUGGAAAUAUUUAUUUUUGGUGGCUUACAUGACAGCAAUUGAGAAAAACCAACUUGAAGAUCACAAGUUUUAUAUUGUAUUCCUAAAAAAAGUGCAACAAGCUUAAGUUUUGUUUAUAACUGCUGAUAAUGUUUCUAUAUGUUGUAGUAUUAACUUUACUGAUAGCUGUGUAUGUUUAAGGAAAACUCAACUACAUUUUUUUUUUUUUUUUAAAUCUCAUUUUGCAGUGUUCAAUAGAGUCUCCUAUAAAAUCCCAGAGGAAAAUACAUGGGGAUAAUAGAUAUAAAGUAUACAAAUAAUACAUAGAACAAUUACAAUGCAUAAGUAUUUCAUUACAAGAACAUUUCAGAAGACAGAGAGCCUAUAAUAAUUUCCUAAUUCUACUUAUAUUACUCAGUUUAAUUUACCCUUGCCUUUCCCAUGUACAUUUAUACACACACACACACACACACACACACAUAUAUAUAUAUAUAUAUAUAUAUAUAUAUAUAUAUAUAUAUAUAUAUAAUGUUAAAGAGAUUAUAUAUUUUGAGCAAAAUAUUAAAUUAAACAUUUAUUGUAACCAAAGAUCAUUUGAAUAUUAAUACUUUCAGUUAAUACUCAUCAUUGCAAUAUUUUCCUGCGUUAGUAAAAAAAUAAUGGCUAAAUGAAACGAUUUCCAUUAAGCACAGUAAUAUUUUCUUUCUAUGAUGCAUCCAAUGCUGCACAUAUUGCUGCAGAAUGGUGUGAGAACAACAGAAAAAACAGAAUAGUUACUUAAUUUAACAAGUUAAUCUUACACUGGUCACUUAAUCAGAUGUAUUUAAUACCGGUAAGUGGUGCAUUUUCAGAAGCAUUCAGUGCCCUGCAUGAUUUCUGGUCAUAUGUUUUGGAAGUAAAUCACUAAAUGUAUCACUUGUACAGUAAAUUCUGUAAAAAUUAAAUAAAUCUGUAAUGAUUUGUACAGAUA